UUCAUGAGAAAAUGGCGUCCGACGUGAGUCGUGAUAGCUCUGAAAAUAAACGCAAACUAGAGGAGGAUGAAGACGGAGAGGAAUGGGUCGGUCCUCUGCCCAGUGAGGCCACUCAAACAAAGAAAAAGAAAGUUCUUGAGUAUGAACGAGUGUAUCUGGCCAAUUUACCCUCUGCCUCCAUGUAUGAAAGAAGUUACAUGCACAGAGAUGUUAUUACACACAUCGUUUGUUCCAAAACAGAUUUUAUCAUCACAGCAAGUCAAGAUGGCCAUGUGAAGUUCUGGAAGAAGAAGGAGGAUGAGGGGAUAGAGUUUGUCAAGCAUUUCCGCAGCCACUUGGGUGUGGUGGAGUGUAUUUCCGUGAGUGCGGAGGGUGCGCUUCUCUGCUCUGUGGGUGACGAUCAGGCUAUGAAAGUUUUUGAUGUCGUUAACUUUGACAUGAUCAACAUGCUCAAACUUGGCUUCUACCCGGGCCAGUGCGAAUGGAUCUAUAAUCCAGGAGAUGCGAUCUCCACAGUCGCCUGUUCCGAGAAAUCAACAGGGAAGAUUUUCGUUUACGAUGGGCGUGGAAGUAAUCAGCCCCUGCACAAGUUUGACAAGAUGCACAAUGCGCCAUUGUCCCAGAUCCGUCUGAACCCAAAGUUUCGUGUCAUCGUGUCUGCCGAUAAAGCAGGUAUGCUGGAAUACUGGACGGGGCUCCCCAGUGAAUUCAGAUUUCCCCGGCAGGUAGAGUGGGAGUAUAAGACAGACACAGACUUGUAUGAGUUUGCCAAAUGCAAAACAUAUCCCACCAGCCUGGCAUUCUCACAAGAUGGCAAGAAAAUGGCCACCAUCGCCGUUGACCGCAAAGUGAGGAUUUUUCGUUUCCUGACUGGGAAGUUGAUGAGGGUGUUUGACGAAUCGUUAACGAUGUUCACGGAGCUCCAGCAGAUGAGGCAGCAGUUGCCCGAUAUGGAAUUUGGUCGCAGAAUGGCGGUGGAGAGAGAGCUGGAGAAGGUAGAUGGCAUCCGACUGACCAACAUUAUCUUCGAUGAGACGGGACACUUUGUGCUGUACGGCACCAUGCUGGGCAUCAAAGUUAUAAACGUGGAGACUAACAGGUGUGUGCGGAUCCUGGGGAAACAGGAGAACAUUCGUGUUGUGCAGCUGAGCUUGUUUCAGGGUGUAGCAAAGGCCAUGCAGGCAGCACCAACCAUUGAGAUGAAAGCCUCCGACAACCCCGCACUGCAGAGCUCCGAACCAGACCCCACCAUCUUCUGCACCGCCUUCAAGAAGAACCGCUUUUACAUGUUUACAAAGAGAGAGCCAGAGGACACUAAGAGUGCCGACUCUGACCGUGACGUCUUUAACGAGAAACCAUCUAAAGAGGAAGUGAUGGCAGCUACACAAGCAGAAGGGCCGAAGAGAGUGUCAGACAGUGCUAUCAUUCAUACCACUAUGGGCGACAUCCACAUCAAACUCUUUCCUGUGGAAUGCCCCAAAACAGUGGAGAACUUCUGCGUUCACAGCAGGAACGGCUACUACAAUGGCCACCUAUUCCAUCGUAUCAUCAAGGGCUUCAUGAUCCAGACCGGUGACCCGACGGGCACAGGGAUGGGAGGGGAAAGCAUCUGGGGUGGGGAGUUUGAGGACGAGUUCCAUGCCACCCUUAGGCACGAUAGACCCUACACACUCAGUAUGGCCAAUGCAGGCCCAGGAACCAACGGAUCACAGUUCUUCAUCACUGUCGUCCCAACUCCCUGGCUGGACAACAAGCACACUGUCUUUGGGAGGACCACGAAAGGGAUGGAGGUGGUCCAGAGGAUCUCCAAUGUUAAAGUCAACCCCAAAACCGACAAGUCAUAUGAAGAUAUCAGCAUCAUAAACAUCACCGUCAAAUAGAUGUGGUCACAGCUCUACUCUCCCGACUGUGUAAAAUAAAGUGUCUUUUUUUUAAUCGUGUUUUUGUUGCACUUCAUCAUUCCAAACACAAUGUGCAGUGUUUUUCAGCUUUGUUUUUAAUAGCGUAACAUUAUGAAUGGUUAUACAAAAAGCUGUCAUCAAAUCAACACGAAACAAAUGUUUGGAUGAACUGAUUUGAGGUUUCCAAAAGCCACAUUAACGAAAACUUUCACAAUUUGAAAUGCAUCACACAUGCUUUUCCUAAGUACAGUUAGUCAACAUUACAUAGCAAUGAGGAACAAUGUUUCAAACAAAGGAUUGUUUCUAAAAACAAACUUAUGACUAACAAUGGAGCUUUUAAAUAUGGCCACAUCUGAAGUAUAUAUAACCUAAAUGCAUAUGAUAUAACAAUUUUUUAUUUUGUUAUAGGAGGUUAAGGAAUACUUAAUCCAAAGCUCAAGGUUGUUUAGAGGACAUUUGGCAUUCUUGGCCAGAUAUUAAGUGGACAGAUAAACUAAAGUUUACACACGUCUCACACAAAGGAAGAUGAAGCAGAGGCCAAAUAAAAUCCUCCAUUUAAAUAUACAUAAUCAGUAACCUUUUUCUUUUUUUUGCAACAAACAUCCAUCUCUCCACACAUGGUGAAAAUACACUUACAUCCAUGCACCAGCCUUAAGAUCAAGUAUAUUUAAAUAAAUAUUUACAAAGAUUUCACUAAAGCUAUAAAACGAAACAGCUGGGGACAUCAAGGAUAAGGGUGUGUUACUGGUUGAAUCUUACAACAACACACAUCCAGAUCAUAUUGCACCCUAAAAUAAAGAGAAGGGAAAAAAUGAAAUUGUACAAAAUUAAGUAUUUUAGGGCCAUUGAGAAUUUUUGCAUUGUGACAUUUUUUCAUUACAAUUAAACACAAUUUUACCACAAAAUAAUGCAUCCCAACAUUUUACUAGCAUGUUUGUUGUAAUUGUCAUAAAUCAUAAAUAAUUCUCAUUACUGUAAACAAUACAAUAUUACAGUAAAGAGAAUCUAAUUUAAUUCGGUAUUUAAAUUGACACUCACCGGCCACUUUAAUAAGUAGAUGUACGGGUGUAUCUAAUAAUGUGAUUAAUCAACCAAUUGUGUGGCAGCAGUGAGUGUAUAAAAUCAUGCUGAUACGGGUCAGGAGCUUCAACUGUUCACAUCAACCAUCAGAAUGAGGAAAAAAAUAUGAUCGAAAUGAUUUGGACCAUGGCAUGUUUGUUGGUGCCAGAUGGGCUGGUUUGAGUAUUUCUGUAAUUGCUGAUCUCCUGAGAUUUCCACAUGCAACAGUCUCUAGAGUUUACUCUGAAUUAUGCCAAAAAUCAUCCAGUGAGCGGCAGUUCUGCAGAUGGAAAUGCCUUGUUGAUGAGAGAGGUCAGCAGAGAAUGGCCAGACUGGUUCAAACUGACAGUUUAUUCUACAGUAACUCAGAUAACAGCUCUGUACAAUUGUAGUGAGAGGAAUAUCAUCUCAGAUUGCACAUGUUGAACCUUGAGGCGGAUGGGCUACAACAGCAGAAGAACAUGUUGGGUUCCACUUCUGUCAGUCAAGAACAGAAAACGGAGGCUGGAGAGGGGCUACCAUCUGUGUACCUCAGCAAAAAUCCAGAUUUGUCAUAGCAGCCGAUGUUUUUCCAAUCGUCUUCUGUCCAGAUUUUUGGGGAGCCUGUGCCCACUGCAGCCUCAGUUUCCUGUAAGCUGACAGUAGUGGUAACCGGAGAGGUCUUCUGAUGCUGUAUCCCAUCCGCCUCAAUGUUCGACAUGUUGCAUGUUCAGAAAUGCUUUUCUACAUAGAACUGUUUAUUUGGGUUACUGUCACCUUCCUGUCAGCUUGGACCAGUCUGGCCAUUCUCCUCUGACCUCUAUCAUUAACAAGCCAUUUCGCCCACAGAACUGCCGCUCGCUGGAUGUUUUUCCGCACCAUUCUCUUCACACUCCUUGAAUGUUGUGUGUGAAAAUCUCAGCAAACCAGCCCUUCCGGCACCAACAAUCAUGCCACGGCCGAAAUCCCUGAGAUUUCAUUUUUUCCCCCAUUCUGAUGGUUGAUGUGAACAUUAACUGAAACUCCUGACCCGUAUCAGCAUAGUAUGCACUGCUGCCACACGAUUGGCUGAUUAGAUAAUCACAUGAAUAUGUA